AUGAAAAGAGCCUAUGGAGAUCGCAAAGCUUGUCCGUUCGAUGAAUCUGAAGAUGUUGGCAUGGGAAGAUGUUUACAAAGUAUCGAAAUCUACCCACACGACACAAGGAACGAACACGGACAGCAGCGAUUCCAUACAUAUCGACCGGAUGACAUGUUUCAUGGAAAAAUUGCUGAUGAAUGGCAUUAUUAUAAGCAAAUUAAUGGACACAACUGGAUUGCACCCGAACUCAUUACUCUACAUCACCUUUCACCCGAUGAGAUACGGACCUAUGACGACUUGCUUUAUAGAAUGCGAUCUCCUCAGCUGUCUAAAUUAAAUAAAAGUCCAGUAUCGCAGCAAAAGGAGGAGAAGAUCACCCCAGAAACAGCUUCGGAUGUGGAACCAAAACUUCCAAAAGACGUUCCCACUGUUCAAAGAUUAUUGAAUAAUAAGCUAGAAAUUCGAAGAGUAGCAGCUUCCAACACUAGUAAUUUUGACAUUGAAGAAAUGUAA